CUGCCUGGCCUGGGUGGCAUCCCUCCCCCUCCCUCUUUGCCUGGUAUGGCAUGUGUCCCCCCUCCCCCUCCAAUGAAUGGCAUUGAAGAAAUAGUGGUUGCCCAGAUGGACCAUGGUCUGGGUUUAGCAAGAGUUCCAACCCACAGGAAAGUGAACCCUCCCACUCUGAGGAUGAAAAAGCUGAACUGGCAGAAACUCCCUUCCAAUGUGGUAAGAGACAGUCACUCAAUGUGGGCAUCAGUGAGUAGCCUGAGCAGUGAGGACAUGGAACCUGAUUAUACCAGCAUUGAGCAGCUUUUCUGUUUCCCAAUCACGAAACCCAAGGAGAAGGAGGCAGCUCCAGCCAAGAAGGAGCCCAAAGAGAUUACGUUUCUAGAUGCCAAAAAAAGUCUCAAUCUGAACAUUUUUCUGAAGCAAUUCAAAUGCUCCAAUGAGGAGAUCACAGACAUGAUCCGGAGAGGUGACAGGACCAGGUUUGAUGUGGAAGUUCUGAAACAGCUCCUCAAACUGCUCCCCGAGAAGCACGAAAUAGAAAAUCUGAAAUCAUUCCAAGAGGAGAAAGCCAAGUUAGCCAGUGCUGACCAGUUCUAUCUCCUCCUCCUCGAUGUUCCCAGCUACCAGCUUCGGAUUGAGUGCAUGCUGCUCUGUGAAGAGACAGUCAUCAUACUGGACAUGAUCCGACCCAAAGCUGAGGUCAUCCGCAGGGCCUGUGAGGGUCUCCUCACCAGUCAGCGUUUGCCCAUUUUCUGUCAACUGAUUCUCAAAAUUGGAAACUUCCUCAACUAUGGGAGUCAUACAGGAGAUGCUGACGGUUUUAAGAUCAGUACCCUGCUCAAACUCACAGAAACCAAGGCCAACCAGAGCCGGGUGACCCUGCUACACCACAUCCUGGAGGAAGUGGAAAAAAAUUACCCUGACCUCCUGCAGCUCCCCAGUGACCUAGAGCACAUCUCCCGGGCAGCAGGGAUCAAUAUUGAUGUCAUCCACUCGGAAGCCAGCACUAACCUGAAGCAGUUGCUGGAGAUGGAGCAGAAGGUAUCUUCAGGGAUUCCUGAGGUUCAGGAGCAGUAUGCAAAGCCCCUCCAGGAUAGCAUCUCAGCCUCCAGGGAGUUAGAGGAAGAGUUUAAGGUCAUUGAGAGGAAGAAGGUGGAGCUGGCUGACUACCUCUGUGAGGACGCCCACAAGCUCUCCCUGGAGGACACCUUCAGCACCAUGAAGACAUUUCGAGAACUCUUCAUCAGAGCCAUGAAGGAGAACAAGGACUGGAAGGAGCAGGCUGUGAAGGCAGAGAAGAGGAAGAAGCAGCUGGAGGCUGAAGAAGCUAAAAGGCUCCGGGGAGAAGAUGGGAAGAUCAUACGGAAGGGAACGGUGAAACAGGAGGAAGUAUGUGUCAUCGACGCCCUCCUAGCUGACAUCAGGAAAGGUUUCCAGCUGAGGAAGACUGCCAAGGGCAAUGGCCUAAAAGUGGCUCCUUCUGAAACCUGCAAGGAAAAAGAGACUGCAGCCAUAAAGGAUGCUGGCAACAGCCCCAAGCUUGGGCAGGGCCUUGACCUUGCUGCUGCUGUUGUUGGAGAGACUCGGGACCAGGACAACCCGGAUGGUCCUGCGUCUAUUGGUGGGAUCCCCAAAGGACAUUCUGAAGUCAGUGGCCAUGGCUGCCCAAGCCCAGAGGGCAACAAAGCUUCCACACCUAUGACCAGCUUUCCUGAUGACCCUCAUAUAGUGCAGCUUGAUGACUCCAAGUCUCUGAAGCCCAUCAAGUUUUCCAGUGGCUCUCUCCCUUGGGGCACAGACAUAGGCAGUGAGGUCGAUGCCACCAGAGCGGAGGAUCAAGCUGCAGAGCACCAGGCUGGCAGAACAGCCGAGGGACCCAAGCAUGGCUGUCAGAGGUCCGAGGAUGCGGAGCCAGAUCCUCCAGAGGCGGAGGAGGAGGAAGAGGAAAAGGACACGGCGCCAGACUCAGUGCUGGACACUUCUCUGGACAGGUCUUUCUCUGAAGGGGCUGUGACUGAUUCCUCCGGCUCUGGGACCCUCCCUCGGUCCCAGGAGCGAACCAAGAAGGGGUCUGGGAAGCGGAGGAAGAAGCGUCAUCCUAGGAGCCAUGAAGGUAUCAGGCCCAAGGCCAUAGCCAAAUGAGGACGACUGGAGACAGAGGCUGACUUCAUACAUGCCCUCUGCUGCAGUGGAAUCCUGGGACUGAGGACAUUUAAACCACAAGGGGCCGGGGUGGGAGGGCACACGGAGAGUUUCAGGGACAGAUACUCCUGUUCCUUGGGAGUUCUGGGCUGGGGACUAGAGACCCUAGAACUCAGUGCCUUACAUUGAUGGGACCCAAGGAUGUGUCUGCUGAGCUUGCUAAACAGUGGCACCCCAGACUUGGGACAGAAGGCAGUGGACAGAGCUUGCCUUGGAUCCACAGGAUGGCGGCUAGAGAUGAGUGCUCUAGCCUCCACCUUGUUUGGAUUGUGGGGCCCAAUCCCAGACCUAUUGCUCAACUAAACUAGCAAGCCUACCCACAACCCCAGACCAAAGCCCAGGGUCCUCCACAUCCCCUCCCAAUAGCUCUUUUUCAUAAAUACCCCUGGCGAGACAAAGGCUUUGGUGAUUGAUGUGAUGUCGAGUGUUAAUAUUUGAUGAUAAUGAGUUUCCAAUGAGUUUCUAUGUGCAGUGGCAAUGGGGCAGUUAAAAGAUUUACCAGUUUCACGAGAUGCCUCUGACCUUCCUGGUUAACUAUCCUAGCUUUUACCCCCUAGCAUGUAUCGCUUUGUAAAUAGUCAUUCCUUUGGAAUAAAAGUAACAUAACUCCCGUGUC